UUGCUUUCUGCUCCCUUCCCUGCUCAACCAUUGAAACCAUUCUUCAUUUUGCAUUCCAACUGCGCGCUACACAUAAUCAAGUCUUCCACGUGUUAAUUAGGUUUUUUUGAACAAAUCGCCAGAUAAUUAUAUUAUUAAGAGAUUUCACCUCUUAAAUUGGUCCUGUAUCAAUCCGCCCUUUGAGUCCAACAUUUCCAACAGCUUGACACAUAAGGAUACAGUCAUGUCGGAGGUACGAGAUAAAUUUCAAAGCGAGUGGCAUCGGACUGGUGACAGAACUCUUGAUGAACUUGCUCUGUACACCGAAAGUUACUUCUAUGAUUGCUCAUUCCUCGUCGGCCAAAUAGAUCAGAAGGUAUUCAAAUGUCACAAAGUGAUUCUUGCAAAAGCAAGCCAAGUGUUUGCUGCAUUGCUGUUUGGACAUUUUAAGGAAUCGUCAAAAGAGAAGGAUGAUCCAAUUACAAUUCAGGAUGUCUCACCCACAACAUUUGAUCUAGCAAUGAAAUUUGUUUAUGGAAAAAAUGAAAACUUUGUGGACAUUCAUCAAGCACUUGAAGCCUUCAGAUUUGCCCACAAAUGGCAACUGCUUGAUUUACUCAAAGCUGCAUCUGCUAUUAUGGAAAAAUGUGGUCCAGAGGAGGCUUUGCCAGUUUAUGAGUGCUUCAAGAUGCUCAACUGCCCACAACUGGAAUUUCCCCUGACUGUCAUUAUGGAAAAAACCAAGGCUGUAAUUGUCUCAUCAUCUUGGCUGAAAGCUUCAAAGCAGACCGUCAUCGAUGUCCUUCAGCUGGACUUCCUGAGUAUCGCUUCGGAGACUGAUCUCUUUGAUGCCAUUAUCAGGUGGGGAAAAGCGCAAGAAACGAAUGCUGAGCAAAUCAGACUUUUGAUUGACGUGCCUUUGAAAAUGAUUCGUUUCCGCAACUUGGAGCCCUCCGAAUUUGUGUUGCUGUGUGAGAAAACUGAAGACGUGCUGACCGAUGGUGAAAAGCUGAAGAUUCUCAUGGCCAUUGAAACUGGCAAAGACCACUUCUUGCCAGAUGGCUUCUGCAAUUUGUUGAUCUUUAGAAAUCUUGGUUUGCAGCCUUACAUCAGACAUAAUUUCACCACGAGAAUCGUUUCUGAUGUGUUCUUAUGGACAGAGCGUCUCCCUUUUCAGUGCUGAAAUUUCAAACGCCUUGCGAAGGCCUUGUGUUGACAGGCGUUCGGCUCCAAUGCCUCUCGGCCACAAAUAAAGAGAAGAAACUACAAAUUUACUGCAGUGUGUCCAGUGCCCUGUCUUCUCAUAGAAUUCUUGCCUUCAAUGAUAAGAUCAGGAAGGAGUCAGAUGAUUGUCUCAUCUUCUCGGACCAUGUCUUGAUUAAAAAAGAUGUCAGCUACACUGUUUCAGUUAACUACAUGCAGGAAGACACUGUUAUGACUAAAAAAUACACGUAUGGAUCACAGCUUACUUGGUGCGACAAGGAAGUCAUCUUAGUCUUUCCUGAACUGGAAAAUAGUCACAAUGACAUUCAUGCCUUGAUCUUCAAAUUAGUAAAAGCUGUGUAAGCUGGAACCCUUCCUAACAUUUUUUUCUGUAGUUCAGACAAAUGCAUUUUAAAAGAUGCAUAAUAUGAUAUUUUAGAAUGUCUUUACAAUUUGUCUAAUUGACAGAUUAUUAAUUAAAUUUUACUUUGUUGUAAUCAUCUUCAUUUAUAUAAUUAUAUAAUUUUUUUUAUUAUAUGAUAUUAUGUGUUUGGAAAAAUUAUAACUAUAAUUUAUAAAAAAA